GGCACAUGUGGCUUCCGUAUUACUUCGAUGCUGGUUGGCCUAAUCGAUAUUCUCACAUGUGGCCACACGCUGAGCCACUCGGCCACCACCACACACAUUAUUCACUUUCUCUCGGUGCAGAAAUCUCCAGCCCUGCAUGAACAUGCCCGCAGGACCCAGUGCCUUUCUAAUAGGUGAAUCCGUUGUUGGGCAUCGUUCCGUGAGGGUUGCCUGUUUGGCGCUAGCUGCAUCGUAACCAGUGGUUUGGUCAGAUUAGACAGAAAGAGAGGUAUCCAAUUUAUAGGUUGUCGUGCUAUAGGCUACUACUGGAACCAUUGAGACAUUUUCGCAGCGUUAGUCAUCGCACUAGCCGCAGUGUAGCCUUGUCUCUCUGAAUAGCCAGCCCUCUAGUUCAGUACGCACUCUUCUAAGUGUUGGGUUUGGUUGAUCCCAUCAUUUUAAACCGAACCGCAACCGAAUCAUAUGCUGCUGCUAUAAUGGUCGUCCAUGGUUCUGACUUCGGGCGGUUUCUCUGACCUGUUGUCAGUGGUCUGAGGGGUGUUGGGCCAGUUUGUUGGGAGCGCGGCUCCGGUCAUUAGUGUUUGCGCAGGAAGUGGCAGCCGACGCCAGUGGCCGAGCAGGUGAUGUUUGCUCACGUAAGCCGUUCGCGUUUGAGGGGUGCAAGGAACGCGGCUGGAGGGAUUGCGCUGUUGCAUCGCCUAACUGGAUAACCAGAGAACCGCUGUAUUCUGUAGUCUCCGUUUUACCGAAAAGGAAUCCGAUUUUUCUACACUUCUGAAGGUGGAUCAAGAAGCCCGACCUUGUGUGUGUCUGUCUGUGUAUUUAUGCUUUUUUUUUUUCCUGUGCGCGGAAUCUAACAAUAAUUUUCCGUUAUAGAAAGGCAAUGCGCCCACCCAUGCGAUGACAUUUGUUGGAGAGAGAGGACUGACUAUAGAGGCUUCAUGCAGAACCUCUGGUUUCGAGUAGAGGAUCAUUUACUAGUCUUGGUUUGCGUUUCAGGAGAAAAAAAUAGUGUUGAAGGAGAAUGCAGCAACCAAAUUUUUAACCAUGCAGAACCGGGCCGUUUCCGGUUCUUAGGCUGGUGUGUCCCCAUCUGAAAGUUUAUGGGGAAAGCGGCAGACACAGAUGGCAUGGACACUUAUACAAGGUCUGCCGCUCUGCCCUGCUAUCGGAGCCUAUUCGCAGUCUCCCACUUCAACCCCGCUCCGUCAUCCGCGCCCCUUAGCCGCCCCAGCACUGCAGCAACCGAGCCACGGCCGACGGCAUGAGGCUUGAUCCGGUGCAUUUCUCCAUGCUGGUCAUCGGGGUAUCCUUUGCCUGUUACGCCCCGAGUCUCAAUUCCCUCCAGGACCAGGCGUAUCGAUCUGCCGUGGUCAUCGAGGGCGAGGUGCGCUCCUCACCGGAAAACGUCUCUCGGGAGCCUUACAGUGUAAAUGUCAAAGUGCUGGACGUGUGGCCCGUGAACAGCGGCGGGCUCGAGCGGGAGCAGCUCGUGACUGUCGGAGACUUCAGUUCCGAGGCCCCGUGCACCACUGUGGAGGAGAAUCACAGAUAUAUAUUUUUCAUGGACCCAACAGGCGAGCCUUUAGUAUUCAAGGCAUCGUUUGCUCCGCUGGACGCCAGCGGAACGGACCUGAAGAAGGAUGUGGAGAGCGUGUUGUGUGAGGACUGCGCUGUGGCCCCUAAGUUGCGGCCGAUGAGGGGCCAGUCUCUAAUGGAGGGGGAGAGGCUGUAUCUGAAGUGUGAGGCGUCAGGGAACCCCAGCCCCUCCUUCCGAUGGUAUAAAGAUGGCCGAGAGCUCCAGAGGGGAAAAGAUGUCAAAAUCAAGACCAAUAAGAAAAACUCCAAGGUCCAGAUCAACCGAGCGAGGCUGGAGGAUUCUGGGAACUACACGUGUGUGGUUGAGAACAUGCUGGGCCAGGAGAGCACUACGAGCAGCAUCAGUGUGCAGAGCCUGACCACUACUCUGUCUCCAGGCUCGAGUCAUGCCCGGCGCUGUAACGACACAGAGAAGUCGUACUGUGUGAACGGUGGAGACUGUUAUUUCAUACACGGUAUAAACCAACUGUCAUGCAAGUGUCCAAAUGACUAUACAGGUGAUCGCUGUCAAAAAUCCGUCAUGGCAGGUUUCUACAAGCAUCUUGGAAUUGAAUUUAUGGAGGCAGAGGAGCUGUACCAGCGGCGGGUGUUGACCAUCACAGGCAUCUGUGUGGCACUGUUGGUAGUGGGCAUGGUCUGUGUGGUGGCAUACUGCAAAACCAAGAAACAGAGGAAGAAGAUACAUGGCCACCUGAACCAGAACGUCAACCAGAACCAGUGUGUGGAGCAGCCCAACCGCAUGCUGGCUAACGGUCCCAACCACCCUGGGCCAGGGCCCGAAGAGAUCCCCAUGGUGGACUACAUCUCAAAGAACGCUCCUACCACAGAGUGUAGUAUUAUACAGCAUGGACCAGAAGAAACUGUAAACUACGCAGGAAGCCGAAUGUCCACCAGAUCCCACCACUCAUCUACAGUCUCCCACAACUCCAGACAUGAGGAGCGGACGUGGAGUAUAGAGAGGACAGACAGUAUGAACUCAGACUGCCAGUCGGGGGCGCUCUCCUCAUCAGUGGGCACCAGUAAAUGCAGCAGCCCGACCUGCAUGGAGGCACGGGCACGGAGGGCCGCCUACUGGGGCUGUUCUGAGGGAGCCAGCCUGCAGUAUGGAGACUCCUACGACUCUCUGAGAGACUCACCUCACAGUGACAGGUACGUGUCAGCAUUGACCACACCAGCCCGUCUGUCGCCCAUUGAGUUCCACUACCCCCCACUGCCCCCCCAAGUGCCCACCUUCCAAAUCACAUCCCCCAACACAGGCCACGCCCUCGCCCUGCCGCCUGCCGCCGCAGCCUACCAGCGGGAUGACGACCAGCCCCUACUGAGAUGCCCCCAGGAUGGACGGUUGUACCGGCAACCCCGUCGCCCUCGCCAACCCUACCUGACAGAGAGCACGGGCAGCCUUCCAUCCAGCCCCUAUCAUCUCCCUGACGAUGAGGCCUAUGAGACCACGCAGGAGUACGCCUCCUCCCGUGAACCAAUCAGGAGCCGCCGGCGCCCGCGUCGGAACCGCCUCAAUGGACAUGUCUCCCAGCGUGCAAUGGGCCUACGGGACAACAGCUCUCAGAGCUUCAGCCAAUCAGAGGAGGAGGAGGAGGAAGAGGAGGGGCAAGGAGAGAGCACUCCUUUCCUCAGUAUGCAGAACAUGAACAUGGAGCCGUGUGAACGUGGGUACCGAUCAUCUACCGCCCCUGCCCCGACCGCCGACAUACGGACUCACCGGGCGCAGGGGCGGCCAAGCACCCGCAGCAACGGACACAGUAAAAGCUCCCAGUCGCGCUCCUCCAAAAAUGACAACUCACCCCUUUAAGACCCGCCCGCCUUGACCACUGACCUCUAACCCCUGACCCCGACCCCCCUGACCCACCUAAAGACAACAGUGGAGUAGAGACCUGCACCUAGGAGAAAUAUUUUUAUUUUGUAUAACAGACAGAUAUUCUAAAUAAAUGAAAUAUUUAUUUUCAUUUCAGCAAAAAUUGUCUACUAGCUAACAGCAAAGACUUUUUUUAUAGGGAAAAAUAUUUAUAUGUGAAGUUUUUGAUUUACAGCGUUAUGAGAGAAAAAAAUGAUUACGUGCCAAUUUUUUCACAAGUUAGAUAAUAGAAUAAUAUUGUGGUGCCUUUUGCUGUGUGCUGAAGCCAGAGGUCCAGUUGAGUUUUUGUAGCCUUUCUAAUACAGACUCCUCAUUUUAUAGACCUCUUUACUUUGACUUGCUCUGAUUUAGGAUCUCCCUGUUUGAACUGUGAUAUGAUUCUGGCAUCAUGCAAUAUGAGUCACCCCUGUGUAACGGUGUAUGUUUACAUGAGUAUGAUCCACACGCAGUUGUUUUUUCACGGGGGACAUUUAUCACAGAGGCAACUGGAUGUGGUGUCUUGUCCUGGUACAGGAAGUGAAGCGCUAGUUUUUGAUGAGUCGCUCCAACAAACUCACAUCAGUCAUUCAUGUCAUCAUCCGUCCGCCUGUCAUCGUCUGUGUAUUGUUUCAGAGGAAUGCAGGUGAUCCAGGGUACCUGCACAGGUGUUCAGGGUUUUUAAAUGGGAAUGAGUGUAGGUGACGGUUGUGGUGUGUGUGUGUGUGUGUGUGUGUGUGUGUGUGUGUGUGUGUGUGUGUGUGUGUGUGUGUGUGUGUGUGUGUGUGU